AUGUCAAUUAUACCAACCAAAAGCAAGCAAACUACGCCUAAUAAUGGACUUACGUCUUUUCAAUUCCGCGAAUUUGUUUCACGUCCAGUUGUUGCAGCGUUCUGCGCAGGAGGCUUUGCAGGCGCAGUAUCCAGGACAGUCGUCUCACCCCUUGAACGUCUUAAGAUACUGUACCAGAUCCAAAGCGUCGGGAGAGAAGAAUACAAAGUCUCGGUUGGAAAAGGACUGCUAAAAAUGUGGAAGGAGGAGGGAUGGAGAGGAUUCAUGCGAGGAAACGGAACGAAUUGUAUUCGUAUCGUACCAUAUUCAGCCGUUCAAUUCGGAAGUUACAGUAUAUACAAAAAGUUCCUGGUAACAACUCCAGAGGCAGAAUUGAGUUCUUUCAAACGUUUAAUCUGCGGUGGCGCUGCCGGCAUAACUUCUGUUUUCUUCACGUAUCCACUAGAUAUUGUUCGAACGCGCCUCUCCAUUCAAUCAUCAUCCUUCACUGCAAUAGACAGAUCAGCUCCAAAAAAUUUGCCCGGUAUGUGGGCAACAAUGGUUAUUAUGUAUAAGACAGAAGGAGGAAUGCUGGCUCUAUAUCGAGGAAUAAUUCCGACAGUUGCCGGCGUUGCACCAUAUGUUGGGCUGAACUUUAUGACCUACGAAUUAGUGCGAUCAUAUUUUACUCCCGAUGGUGACAAGAACCCUAGCGCAUUACGCAAGCUUGGUGCGGGUGCCAUAUCUGGUGCAGUCGCCCAGACAUGCACGUAUCCUUUUGAUGUUUUGCGCCGCAGAUUCCAGAUAAACACCAUGUCCGGCUUAGGAUAUCAAUACAAGUCAAUACUCGACGCAGUCAAAAUAAUUGUCGCCCAAGAGGGAAUUAAAGGCAUGUACAAAGGAAUAGUUCCAAAUCUUCUCAAAGUUGCUCCUAGCAUGGCAAGCAGCUGGCUGAGCUUCGAGGUGACGCGCGAUCUCCUCAUUAGUUCAGCUGAUUCACGAAUUUAA